UAAGAGCCAUCGCGAAAUGGAUUUGGUUACAAAAUGGCUGUUUCGACAAUCGUGACGCUGAAAGUGAAGGCGAUUUUCUGACGUUUUUCUCCGCCAUUCAGCAGUUAUAAUCACAAUUAGAUGAAGACAGGACUUUUUAAUUGAGUCAACGUCUAGGUCUGCCAUAUCUUCGCGAAAUCUUUGGAAAUACCUGAAAUUCUCACGGUGUGUUCUUUGAUGGAAAUCAGCAUGAUUUGAAUAAUACAAACAUAUUAUAACUUACUUCCUUUUCGUGGUUAUUCUCAAUUAUUUGAAGACAAAACCCUCAUAUUAUCACUACAAAGAAAUCGUAAUAGAAGAGUCCACGAUGAACCCAAAGAAAGCUAAGAAUGGACUGAGAAAGGAGGCGGAUUCUGAACAACUUCUCGUCGCAUACUCUGGCAACGAACAGGAAAGCGAUUCGGACUCGGAUAGAGUUCAACCACUUGAAUUACCUCCUACCAGAUUGCGGAGACCAAAAACGAGAAAAAUUCAUGUGACAUCUAGUCCCAAGAAUUGCUUAACCUUGUGGAAUGUGUGCCAAAUCCUGUUUGUGAUUGUCAUCAUUGGAAUGAUGAUCUGCAUGACAUGGUUCACCUUUAUAUUGAAGACGUCGUUAGACACCAUGAAGAGAAGAGUUGUACAGUUGGAGACCUCAGAUAGAAGUACCUCAAAGGCAUGCACCAAUCUGGGGGAUGAUUUGAAGAGGAAGCUAGAGGCGCUUCGAGGUGGAGAAGCCGACAGAAUAUCAACUGAUCAGUCUCAUUACCAAAGUUUGCUACGACAGGUUGCACAUUUGAAUAGCAGCAUAGUAUACAUAAACUCCAAACUGAAGUCCCCUCUAAGUGUUUCUAAUAUAAACGGUGACAUAGAACUACUGAAGAAAGAAAUGGCCGAUGCAAACAGGGAAAUGACUGAAGUUAGCGAUAAAGUGAAGCAACUUCGCAAGAUAGCACAUAUUCAGAAUGUCAAUUUGAAGGCGCUGAAGAACUCUAUUUACAAUAUAUCUGUGCAGUUUGCGAGGAUUUCAGGGGGUCCGACACCUCAACCUGUUGACAACACUGCAACCCCCCCCUGGCUUUUGAGAAUCCCUGCCGAGAACGAACCUUCCAAAAAGGCUAAACUUGAGCGAAGAGCUGAAGAGUUAAGACAGAAUCUCACUGCCUUUGUUCAGAAGGAGUAUUCCAAGAUUUUUCGUAUGAUCACUCACAUUAAUGGAACCCUCGGUCAACAAGUUGAAGGCGUCAAUUCCAGGCUAGACAGACUCUCAAAUAAUGUUACGGAUCACGCGUCUGCGUUGAAUGGCGUGGUCUAUAGAGCAAUUAAGAAGAUGGAGACUGUAGCAAAAGGCGCCAAUAUUACCGGCUCGUCAACUCCCAGUGUCAGCGGUGACACGGAUUACUCGACACAGAUAAAAAACUUGACAACGGAGUUACAGCACCUGGGCGCACAUAUGAACUUUCACAACGCUAAAUUAACGGACCUGGUCUCUGACGUCAAUGCCAUCAAUUCAACCCUGCAUAAGAGAGGUUCACAUGCGCGCCAAACAGACGCUGCAAUAGAGCCGUGCAACUGUUCCGUGCCAUUAGAUGCGAUCAGGAAGGUCAUUCAUCGGGAUGAGGAGCUUCUGCACGACGCCAGGGCAAGACUACACACAUUAGAGAACUCCCUGAAUACCCCCACAGCCCAAACCUCUGCUCCCUCGACCGCUGACCAAGCGAUCGUCCUCACCACCGUGCAACCCACCGUAAAUCAUGACACUGAACCAACCACUGAGCAGCCAACCCUUAGUGGAGUAAGAACAAGUGCUGGUCAAACAACCAGGAACAUAGAAGUCGACGCAACUAAUUCUACCACAGUCCCCCCGACCUCUGCCGCUAUAAAUAGCGAAACCCCUACCGAAAAAGAACUCGUCAAAGAAAAGCGAAUCGCAGAAGAAAACCAAGACUUGAAACAGUCAUUGGGACUGGCCAAAGAGGAAGAUACGGAAAGCAAAAGCACGGACACUAAUUUGUUCGAGAAUUAACCAUAUAUAUAAUGUUUGCAAAUAUUUUUUCCGAUCACUUAAUUUGUACAUAUUUUUUUGGGAAAUUCAGAUAAUUAUGGUCUGAUCUGCGGUGAAACUUUUGUAACCGCGGAGUCUGUGGCGUUUUCCCAGUGAAUUUUCAAAUCCCUAUGACAACAAUAGCAGCAAAUGUUAACUGGUUAAAAUAAAUAUAACAAAUUGUAUAUAUGUUUCAAGAAUACAAUGCAAUGAGAAACGUUUGAAAAUGGGUCGUAUUUCGGUAAACGUUAGUCGUAAAAGAGUAAUAUAUGACAGAUUAAAAAGGUUCAUGUAAGAGCCGUUUUCAGAAAUUUUAAUAAAAAUUAUUUCAUGUU